GUUUUGGGCCAGCGGAGCCACAGUGGAGCAGCACAUGUGUCAAAGUCUCACUGCCAAGGCCCUCGCUGUCCUCUUCUCGGGCGGCGGAGCCAUGUCACGACUGCUGGACAUGAGAGCCAAGCACCCAGCCUUGCAAACCGAUAUGCUACACCACCGGCGUCAUGCGGUUUCUUCGAGGAGAUAUUGCAGAUUCGCGAAAGGACCCGUUGGCGACGAAGCACCCUGUCCGAAACAGAACGAGCACUUGAAAGAGCAGGAGGAUGGCCACGUGACUCCGCCGUACCAUCUCUCGCUCCAUCUCUGCACUGUGGUUGGACGGCGGUCGCUGACAGUCGGGGGCACGCCUUGCGGAGAGACGCGCAUCUCCAUUUCACAUGCCUAUCUCGCCUUAGGAGGCAGACGUGCAAGCCAACCAGCAUCUGAUUCUCCACCACGCAGGCCCCGUGGACGUUGUGAAAGGGGGAGGUCGUCUCCGGCACAAUCAUUCAGAUGGCGGCGCCACAGCGCCCGAUAACGCUGUAGCUUUCUCCGCAACAAACACUUUGACGACAUGACCAAUUGCACCCCGGGUCCCAAGCACGUUCCAGGCUCGAAUGCCUCACAACUUUCUUGUCCACAUUCGCGACGCGCGGCUCCGCAACAUGGUACAAGUGACUCCCCUGAACACCUGCGAACCGAGCACGUGCAGACGGUCGCUUCUGAUUGUCUCGAGCUUGUGGCUUUGAUUAACGAAGAUAUAGUUUGACCGAAGCAGCGUCGAG